UUCAGCAUAUCCACCACCUAAAAACUCAUCCGGGAAGCAUAUGAUCAAUCAGUCACUUCCUAAGGAGUAUCAGUAUCUAGUUCAAAAAAUGGCUUCUUCUAAGGCAGUUGCAACCAUUGCUCUUCUGCUGUCCCUUAACCUCUUGUUUUUCACUACAGUCAGCGCAACUCGUUGCCCUUCCCCUCCCGAAAGCUCUCCACCCACAAGUUUCCCUCCUGCAAGUUCUCCUCCUGCAAGCUUUCCUCCCGAAGGCUCUCCUCCCGAAAGCUCUACUCCCGCCAGCUCUCCUCCCGGAAGCUCUCCUCCCGCAAUCUCUCCUCCUGCAAGCUCUCCUCCCGCAAGUUCUCCUCCCGCAAGUUCUCCUCCCGCAUGCUCUCCUCCUGCAAGCUCUCCUCCCGCAAGUUCUCCUCCCGCAAGUUCUCCUCCCGCAAGCUCUCCUCCCGCAAGCUCUCCUCCCGCAAGCUCUCCUCCCGCAAGCUCUCCUCCUUCAAGUUCUUCUCCCGCAAGCUCUCCUCCUGGAAGCUCUCCUCCCGCAAGCUCUCCUCCCGCAAGCUCUCCUCCCGCAAGCUCUACUCCGGCAAGCUCUCCUCCCGCAAGCCCACCAGAUGGAGCCUACUGCCCUCCAACAAGUUCUCCUUCCGCAAGUCCUCCAUCUGAAGCCUCUUACCCUCCCGCAAGCCCUCCAGCUGAAGCCUCUUGCCCUAAGGACGUCCUUAAGCUAGGGGUAUGUGGCAACUUGUUAAAUGACUUGGUGAACAUUGUUGUGGGGACCCCACCAAAGACCCCAUGCUGUAGCCUCAUUGGUGGACUUGCCGAUCUUGAAGCUGCUGUGUGCCUUUGCACUGCCAUUAAGGCCAACGUUUUGGGCAUCAAUCUUGAUGUGCCAGUCUCCUUAGGCUUGCUUUUGAAUUACUGUGGCAAGUCUGUCCCGAAAGGCUUCCAAUGCACCUAAGAGGCAUGAUCUUCUCUCAUCUUCAUGGAUGCUACUGCACUAAUUCCACAGCUUUGGGUUUGGUUGCAUUAAUAUAAAUUGUGCACGUUUCCUUUAAAAUGUAAUUGAUGUGAAAUGUUCCCUCUAGGAAAUAAAAUUAGGGAGGGAAGGGUUUGAAACUAUUACAAUAAUUUAGGGAAUUGGGGGAGUUUUGAACCCAAGAUGCAUGGGUAGAAACCCAACACCUAUCCUUUAGGAUACUGGACCAUGGAACAUUCUUAUAUGUUUCUUGUAUUUCCCUUUAAAUUAAAAACUUAUUAUCUUUUUA